AUGACGGUGUUCGAGGCACCCAAGCGCCGAGGCUUCACCUGUGUGUGUAGUUCGUUGCUCCGCCUCCUGCUAUGGCUGCAGCUCUUUUUGCUGGGGACUCCGGCCAACAAACUGAAUGUGCCUCAGGUUUUGCUGCCCUUUGGCCGGGAGCCAGGCCGCGUGCCCUUCCUUCUGGAGGCGCAGCGGGGCUGUUACACUUGGCAUUCUACCCAUCAUGACGCAGUAACUGUUGAACCUUUAUAUGAAAACGGUACCUUAUGUUCCCAAAAAGCUACACUUAUUGCUGAAUCCACCCAGCCAAUUCGCGUCAGCAGUAUUAUUCUUGCUCGAGAGAUAGUGACUGACCAUGAACUGCGCUGUGAUGUCAGAGUUGACGUAAUAGACAGCAUCGAAAUUGUAUCACGAGCCAGGGAGCUCUAUGUAGAUGAUUCACCACUGGAACUUAUGGUGAGGGCAUUGGAUGCAGAAGGAAAUACUUUUAGUAGUUUGGCAGGAAUGAUUUUUGAGUGGAGCAUUGCCCAGGAUAACGAGUCAGCCAGAGAACAACUAUCUAGCAAAAUUAGGAUUCUGAAAUACUCUGAAGCAGAGUAUUCUCCCCCAGUAUACAUAGUAAAUAUGGAAAAAGAAGAGAAACAAGGAGAUAUGAUCUUGGUGUCUGGGAUUAGAACUGGUGCUGCUAUUGUAAAAGUUCGAAUUCAUGAAUCCUUUUAUAAGAAAGUGACAGCAGCAUUGAUACGCCUGCUUGUUUUGGAAAAUAUAUUUCUUAUACCAUCCCAUGAUAUAUAUCUCUUAGUGGGUGCAUAUAUCAAAUACCGAGUAGCAAAAAUGGUUCAGGGGAAACUGACAGAAGUGGAAUCUCCCCUGGGACAAUAUACCCUGGAAUUGCAAGACCAUCGCCCUGUAUGUAAUGGAACUUUUUCUGGAAAAGUGGCUUUACUGGAUGAGAAAACAGCCACGGUUACUGCUCUCCAACUGGGACAUACUAACCUUGUCUUUGUCCAUAAAAAUAUCCAUAUGCGAUUUGUGUCUGGACUUCCAAAUUGCACCGUGUAUGUUGUAGAGCCUGCAUUUUUAGGUUUCACAGUCCAACCUGGAGGCCGAUGGAGUCUAGAGGUGGGACAGGUGUAUAUUAUUACAGUGGAAGUGUUUGAUAAAAGCAGCACCAAAGUCUAUACUUCAGAUAAUUUCAGAAUUAUGUACCAGUUUCUAAAAGAGUACUUUGAAGUGCAGCUAAGUACUGCAAAUGGAUCCCAUCACGUAGUAAAAGCUCUGAAAGAUGGUGUCGUGAUAAUAAAUGCAUCCCUGGUUUCCAUCGUUUCCCAGAAUAAACUUGUCAAGACUUUGAAAUUUCCAAUCAUACAUCAACAAGAAGUGAAGAUUUAUUUUCCUAUUACGCUUACACCCAACUUUCUGGCAUUUCCUCAUCAUCCGUUAGGAAUGUUAUAUCGUUAUAAAGUAGAGGUAGAGGGUGGCAGUGGCAACUUCACCUGGACCUCCUCCAAUGAGACAGUGGCCUUGGUGACCACCAAAGGAGUGGUGACAGCGGGUCAGGUCAGGGGAAACAGCACAGUUUUGGCCCGAGAUGUACAAAAUCCCUUUCGAUAUGGAGAAAUUAAGAUAUAUGUCCUGAAGCUGAAUAAAAUGGAACUGUUACCAUUUCACGCUGAUGUGGAGAUUGGCCAGAUUAUAGAAAUUCCUAUUUCAAUGUAUCACAUAAAUAAGGAAACCAAAGAGGUCAUCUCCUUCACAGACUGCUCUCAUUUAUCUUUGGAUCUGAAUAUGGAUAAACAAGGAGUCUUUACUCUUAUUAAGGAAGGUAUACAAAGACCUGGACCAACACACUGUUCAAGUACUAAUAUAGUAGCUAAAUCUCUGGGCCAUACUCUGAUAACAGUGAGUGUUACUGAAUCUGAAGAGUACUUGGAGAGCAGUGCUACAUUUGCUGCUUAUGAACCCCUGAAGGCUCUAAAUCCUGUGGAAGUGGCACUGGUGACAUGGAAGUCUGUGAAGGAAGUGGUAUUCGAGGGGGGCCCUCGUCCAUGGGUCCUGGAGCCCUCCCGAUUCUUUUUGGAUUUGAGCAUGGAGAAUCCAGCAAAAAUUUCAGUAACACAAGUCCGGCUUCCAGCUAAAAGAAAACAGAAUCAGUACAUUUAUCGGGUCCUGUGCCUGGAUUUAGGGGAACAAGUUCUGACAUUCCGAAUUGGAAAUCACCCAGGUGUCCUGAACCCUAGUCCGGCUGUAGAGGUUGUGCAGGUCCGCUUCAUAUGUGCUCACCCUGCCAGCAUGUCAGUGACCCCAGUAUACACAGUGCCAGCAGGAGCCCAACCGUGUCCUCUGCCACAGCAUAAUAAACAACUGAUUCCUGUAUCAAGUCUAAGGGACACUGUCCUGGAACUGGCAGUGUUCGAUCAACACAGGAGAAAGUUUGAUAAUUUCAGCUCACUGAUUCUAGAAUGGAAAUCCUCAAAUGAGACACUAGCUUAUUUUGAAGAUUUCAAAUCAAUGCAGAUGGUAGCAAAGGAUGAUGGCACUGGGCAGACCUGGCUACAUGGUCAUCAGACUCUUAAAGUACGUCAGAUAAAAGGGACUGUGCUCAUUGGAGUCAAUUUUGUGGGCUAUUCAGAGAAGAGAAGUCCAAAGGAGCUUUCCAACUCCCCCAGAUCUGCAGCUGUGGAGCUGCUGCUGGUGGAUGACGUGACGGUGUUGCCUGAGAAUGCCACUAUCUAUAACGAUCCUGAUGUGAAGGAAAUAUUUAACCUGGUGGAAGGAUCAGGUUACUUUUUAGUUAAUAGCAGUGAGCAAGACAUUGUCAGUAUCACUUACAUGGAAGCAGAAAGUUCUGUUCAGUUAGUUCCAGUGCAUCCAGGAUUCCUCACCUUAGAAGUCUACGAUCUGUGUCUGGCUUUCUUGGGCCCAGCAGUGGCUUACCUCAGAGUAUCAGAUAUACAAGAGAUAGAGCUUGAUCUGAUUGAUAAGGUUGAAAUAGGUAAAACUGUGUUAGUGACUGUGAGGGUUCUUGACUCUUCCAAACGCCCAUUUCUAAAUAAAUACUUCAGAAACAUGGAACUCAAACUGCAGUUGGCUUCUGCCAUUGUCACUCUGACGUUCCUGGAGGAGCAGGAUGACUAUUCUGCAAAUUACAUUCUCCGAGCUGUCACUGUUGGACAAACCACACUUGUGGCUAUUGCCAGGGACAAGAUGAGAAGAAAAUUUACAUCUGCUCCUCGACAAAUUGAAGUGUUUCCUCCAUUCAGACUUGUUCCAGAGAAAAUGACACUAAUUCCAACUAACAUGAUGCAGGUAAUGUCUGAAGGCGGCCCUCAGCCCCAGUCCAUCAUUCACUUCUCCAUCAGUAACCAGACUGUGGCUACUGUUAACAGGAGGGGGCAAGUUACAGGCAAAGUAGUUGGCAUAGCUGUGGUCUAUGGCACUAUCCAGGCGGUAAAUGAAGACACUGGCAAAGUCAUCGUGUUUUCCCAGGAUGAAGUGCAAAUUGAAGUUGUUCAGCUCAGGGCUGUUAGGAUCCUGGCAGCUGCAACUCGGCUCAUCACAGCUACUGAAAUGCCUGUUUAUGUGAUGGGAGUGACCAGUACACAGACUCCUUUCUCCUUUGGCAAUGCCUACCCUGGCCUCACAUUCCACUGGUCCAUGAGCAAAAGGGAUGUAUUGGAUCUAGUACCUAGACAUUCAGAGGUUUUUCUACAGCUCCCAGUAGAGAAUAACUUUGCUAUGGUUGUCCACACAAAAUCAGCUGGUCGAACCAGCAUAAAAGUCACCGUCCGCUGUAUGAAUAGCUCAUCUGGGCAGUUUGAGGGGAAUUCGUUGGAACUGUCCGAUGAAGUUCAGAUACUGGUAUUUGAAAAACUCCAUCUUUUCUACCCAGAAUGUCAGCCUAAACAAAUUCUGAUGCCUAUGAAUUCUCAGCUCAAGCUCCGUACCAACAGGGAAGGGGCCGCCUUUGUGAGUUCCCGUGUCCUCAAGUGUUUCCCUAAUUCAUCCGUCAUUGAGGAGGAUGGCCAAGGGCUCCUGAAAGCUGGUUCCAUUGCAGGUACUGCGGUGUUGGAAGUUACUUCCAUAGAGCCCUUUGGAGUCAACCAAACAACAAUCACCGGGGUCCAGGUGGCACCGGUGACAUACCUGAGAAUGAGCAGCCAGCCCAAGCUGUACACCACCCAAGGAAGGAGCCUAUCUGCCUUUCCCUUGGGCAUGUCGCUCACCUUCACUGUUCAGUUUUACAACAGCAUCGGAGAGAAGUUCCACACACAUAAUACCCAGCUUUACUUGGCUCUGAACAGAGAUGACCUGCUUCUUAUUGGACCAGGGAAUAGGAACUACACUUACAUGGCCCAGGCUGUGAACAGAGGGGUGACACUCGUGGGUCUCUGGGACCGGAGACAUCCAGGCAUGGCAGAUUACAUUCCUGUUACAGUAGAGCAUGCCAUUGAGCCCGAUGCCAAGCUUACAUUUGUCGGAGAUGUCAUCUGCUUCAGUACUCAUCUCCUCAACCAAAACGGUGAACCCGGAAUGUGGAUGAUUUCUGCUGACAAUAUUCUUCAGACUGACACUGUCACUGGAGUCGGAGUUGCUAGGAGACCAGGGACAGCAACAAUCUUUCAUGACAUCCCAGGAGUGGUGAAAACAUAUCGAGAGGUAGUGGUCGGUGCAUCAGCAAGAUUGACACUCAGUUAUGACCUCAAGACUCAUCUCACCAAUACCCCCAAUUCAACUGUGUUCAAGCUCUUCAUCACCACGGGCAGAAAUGGUGUCAAUCUUAAAGGAUCCUGUACCCCAAGUCAAGCCUCAGCCAUUACCACACUACUUCUUCCAGAGACGCUCAUGCUAUGUCACGUACAAUUUAGUAACACUUUGCUAGACAUUCCAGCAAGUAAAAUCUUCCAUGUCCGUUCAGAUUUCAGCAUGGAAAAAGGGGUGUAUGUCUGCCUAAUCAAGGCUCGACCCCAGUCAGCAGAGCUGCUCCAGGCCCUCAGUAUGGCUGACACCUCAGUCUAUGGGUGGGCUACCCUGGUCAGUGAGCGGAGUAAGAGUGGAAUGCAGAGAAUACUCAUUCCUUUCACCCCAGCUUUUUACCUCAACCAGUCAGAAUUGAUUCUUGGCUACAAACAAGAUAUCGGGGAGAUAAGAAUACUGGGAGUGGACAGAGUUCUAGAGACACUAGAGGUCUUCCCCAACAAUCCUGUCCUAGUAGUCUCUGGCCGCAGGUACCUGUCUCUCAUGCCGAGCCUGGCCGUCUACACCGUGCGGGUGGUCAACCUCACCUCCCUGCAGCACAUGCAGUCCCCGGUUUUUAUCAACGUUUCCAGUGUGCUCACAAGCCAAAGUGAGGCUGUGCAAGUGAGAGUGGUGAUGAACGUGCCUGGCGCUGAUCAGUGUGAAGAGUCAGGUGUCCUCCAGAAGUUCAUGGGUUCUUACCAGGUCCUCCUCUUUACCCUCUUUGCGGUGCUGGCAUCAACAGCUUUCCUCUUUCUAGCAUAUAAUGCUCUCCUCAACAAGAUACAAACAUCUCCAGUUGUCUAUGUCCCAACUCAAGGGCCACCACAGAGAGGCUCUUUUACCUCCACACCUUCUCCCCAGCCCUUUGUGAACCCACAAACCCCAGGAGGUCGACUACAACACUGGCUAUGGAGUGUAAGACACUAA